AUGGCCGCCUCCAUGGACGACCUCGUCGCCACCAUCUCGAAUGGCAUGCACGUCGGGCAGCAAGCAAAUGACCUCAAGGAACUGCAUGCCAAGCUCGCGCAGACACUGCAGCAGCCCACUACCCGCCCUGGUUACGCCCAAAUCCCGUCCACCUCGGGCCCACACUCGUCGGGUCCUAUGCCACCACCUGCGCCGGCAAGCAGCUGGAACGAGGCCCCCGCCAACGUUCCAGUCCUGUCUGGCUGGACGUCGGGCCUGGGAAACUCGCCCCGCCAGGUCACCAACCACUUUGCGAGCAUCGGUUCAGCGGCCGGAAACGCCACGUCCGCUGCCCCCGUCGCCUUUGUUGGCCAGCGCGAGACGGGCUUUGCAGCCCCCGAGCGUCCCCACCACAACACUGUCCUCCCUGCCGACGCAUCACCGCACGAGACUGUUGGCUUUGCGCAGGACGCGUUCCGUCCCCUUUGGGAGGCCGAAGGCAAGCCUGCCGCCUGGAAGGGCUUUGCCGCGGCGUCCAAGAGCUAG